AUGCCGCCGGCGUGGUCUCAGCGUGCGCGUGACUGCCGCGCCGUGCUCGGCCCCGUGCGCUGAGGUGGCGGCAAGAUGGAGGCGGCGGCGGCGCUGAUCGGGGUCUCGUUGUUCCUGGGCGCCCUGGUCCUGCUGCUGCUGGCGGCGCUGGGACAGGGCUCGCCGCGGGAGCCGGGCACCGGGGAGCCGGCUGACCAGAAAGUAAAUGGGGAAGCAGUAAGACAGACAUCGGGACUGAAGAGACAGAAGCAGCACCAACGAAGCCGCAAGGAUAAGCCCCAGCAACACAACUUCAUACAUCCACUCCUAGCUGCCGCUCUCAAGGGUCACAGUGGGAGCGUAACCUGCCUCGACUUCAGUAGCAAUGGCAAGUACUUGGUGUCCUGCGCUGAUGAUCGCACUGUCCGGAUCUGGAGCACCAAAGACUUCCUGGAGCGUGAGCACCGCUGCAUGCGAGCCAAUGUGGAACUGGACCAUGCCACACUGGUCUGCUUCAGCCCAGAUUCCAGAGCCUUCAUCACCUGGCUGGCAAACGGAGAGACCAUUCGUGUCUUUAAAAUGACCAAGAAGGAGGAUGGCAACUUCACUUUCACUGCAGCCCCUGAGGACUUCCCAAAGAAGCACAAAGCCCCCAUCAUCAACAUCGGAAUUGCUGAGACAGGGAAGUUCAUCAUGACAGCUUCCAGUGACACAACCAUUCUGAUCUGGGACCUGAAGGGUGAAGUCCUGGCCAACAUCAACACUAACCAGAUGAACAACGCCUUUGCAGCUGUAUCUCCUUGUGGGCGGUUUGUAGCAUCAUGUGGUUUCACCCCUGAUGUGAAGGUAUGGGAGGUGUGCUUUGGCAAGGGAGGAGACUUCCAGGAGGUGACCAGGGCCUUUGAGCUGAAGGGCCAUACUGCUGGCGUGUACUCCUUCUCUUUCUCCAAUGACUCCAGACGGAUGGUGACCGUUUCGAAGGAUGGCACGUGGAAGCUGUGGGACACCGAUGUAGAAUACAAGAAGCAACAAGAUCCUUAUCUGCUCCUGACAGGGAAAUGUGAAGUGAUGGAGCCUUGUCGCAUUGCCCUGUCCCCUGAUGCUCGUGUGCUGGCCAUCUCUAGCAGCACCAGCAUCACUGUGUACAACACCCGUAGGGGGGAGAAGGAGGAGCACUUUGUCAAUGUCCACGGAGAGUACAUCACGGACUUAGCCUUCGACAUUAACAGUCGCUAUCUUGUGUCGUGUGGGGACCGGGCCAUCCGGGUGUUCCAUAACACAGCGGGUUAUCGGGCUGUUGUGGAAGAAAUGAAAGGCAUGCUGAAAAAAACUACUAACGAGGCUACCAGAGAGAGACUGCAGCAGCAGAUCACAGAUGCCCAGAAUGCGCUGGACAGUAUCUAUGCCAAGAAGGACUAAACUUCUCUGGGAAAUGGGUAUGUGCAGACUCUUCCAGGUCAGGGAGCCUCAUGCUCUGUGUGGUGGGUUUUUAAUAACUGAAUGAGUUGUAAUAAAAGAGUUUACUGACAGCCUGACCCCCCCUCCCCUCCCCCUUUGCGGUUGCCUUGUGUUGUUUCUGUACAGAGUUGAAUGGAGAGUUACAGAGCUGAGUGGCUGGUGCCUUUUACUUCGUCUGGGGGGGAUUAGGGGGGCUCCGUGCUGCGAAUUAGCUGCCUGGGGAGGAGAACUGAGAGAAGGAGACUACUAAUAAACUGCACCUCAAGCCUGAGUCACAGCGUGAGAGAUUUUGUGCCAAAUGGAGGAUUGGUUUUGUGUGAGGAAGUUAGAAGGGGCUCGUCAGUGCCACUCCUCAGGAGCAAUGGAACUGUCUGUCGGAGGUGAAGUACGUCCAUGCAGGAGAUGGGCCUUCUUAGGGGAUUGCUCCAGACUGUGUUGAACUCUCACAAGAACUAGAAAUGUGUACAGCUGUUUUUCAAAUGCAAGACCCAUUUCUUUGACUUCGUCUUCCCAAACAACACACAGCUCACUAACUAACCCACACACGCACAUGCUAUGCAUACAGCUUUCUCCUGGGAGAGAGGGAAUGGAGAGGAGCUGCAUUUAAUAGACAUUUGCAUUUGUUUCUGUUAGUUUAAUGACUCUGUAUUCUUUCAAGACAUAAAAUUGGAUUUCUUUGUGAUCUCUAAGCUUCACAAAAACAAUUUAAAGGGCAAACAAAAUUGAAUAAAUUUGUACAAGUAUUGAAAUGUAA